AUGAAAAUGUACAUUUGCGGCGAAUGGGUCGACCGCGAUGACAAGAUGUCGGUCGUCAAUCCCUUUGACCAAUCUGUAAUCGACACGGUUCCCCGGGGCAGCGCCGCCGAUGUGGGGGCAGCCAUAACCAGCGCCGCCCGUGGCGCACAGGUGAUGGCCAAGUUGCCGGCCCAUCGUCGCUACACCAUCCUGAAGCGCGCCGCCGACCUGAUGGCCGAGCGAGCCGACGACCUGGCCGAAACCAUAACCCGCGAAGAAGGCAAGGUUAUCGCAGAGGGGCGGACCGAAGUGCAGCGUGCCAUCCAGACCAUCACGCUCUCCGCCGAGGAAUCCAAACGCCUGCACGGCGAGACCGUACCCCUGGACGCCGCACCUGGCGUAGUCAGCCAGUUUGGAUUCACCAUCCGCGUACCGGUGGGCGUCGUGGCCGCCAUUGCUCCGUUCAACUUUCCGCUGAACCUGGUUUGCCACAAGGUGGGACCGGCCCUGGCGGGGGGGAACGCGGUCAUCCUGAAGCCGGCCGGAGACACGCCGCUAUCGGCCCUCAAACUCACCGAGAUUCUCCUCGAAGCGGGCUUGCCGGAAGAGGCUAUCCAAACGGUGACCGGCUCCGGGGCGGAGAUUGGCGAUGCCAUCACCGGCGACCCGCGCGUCCGCAAGAUUACCUUCACCGGCAGUAUGGAAGUCGGCGACCGCAUCUGCCGCAACGCUGGCAUCAAGAAGGUAACGAUGGAGCUGGGUUCCAACAGCCCGCUGAUCAUCAUGUCUGACGCCGACAUCGAAAAGGUGGCGGCGGCGACCGUGGCCAGCGGUUUCUCCAACGCCGGGCAGGUGUGCAUCUCGACGCAACGGGUGUUCGCGGCGCGGGCGAUAUACGCCGACUUGCUGGACGCUCUGGUGAAGCCCACGCAGGAAUUCAACGCCGGUAAUCCGUUUGACGAAGACGUCAAGAUGGGGCCGAUGAUCCGCCAGAACGACGCCGAACGUGUCGAAAGCUGGAUCGCCGAGGCCGUCGGUCAGGGAGCCCGCGUUAUCGCCGGUGGCGAGCGCGAGGGCACGCUGCAUACUGCCACCGUUAUCGCCGAUGCUCGCGCCGAAAUGUUGAUUUCCCGUGAGGAACUGUUUGGCCCGGCAAUAGCGGUAAGCGCCUUUGAGGACAUUGACGACGCUAUUGCAAAGGCCAACGACAGCCGGUUCGGGCUGUCGGCGGGAAUCUUCACCCAAAACGUGGAUUGGGCGAUGCGGUUCGCUCAGGAAGUGCAUUCCGGCAACCUGCACAUCAAUGCCUCGCCCCAGUGGCGGGCCGAUGUCAUGCCCUAUGGCGGCUUGAAGGACAGCGGUAUGGGCAAGGAAGGUCCGGGCUACGCCAUCGAAGAGAUGACCGAACUCAAGAUGGUCGUGUUCCACAUGGGUGGCUAG